AUGGCUAUAAAUUCUGCCAAGCUACCUAGGGACUCGGUGGGCUCCGGAUGGUGCGGCGGUCCACCUGAUGGAAAGCUUGUUCCAAACGGGGUACCGGUUGCUCAAGAGGGUAGUAUGGUCCACGCCAUGAAGGUGACCACUCCCUGUACUCUUGCCAUGUAUACUGGGCAUCGCCUGCCAUUAGCAUUUAGCAAUUUAGCUUUAGCAUUAGGCAGUCGCAGACUCAUAGUACAUGCGUUAGACGAUUUGCGAUAUGGCUAUUUCCGAGCUCCGAGUCCUCACUCCUCACAAAUUCCGGGCAAACAAAGACGCUGCUGUUGCGAACUUGCGAUAGUUUCAAUUUUCAAAGGUUCAAGUGCAAUCAUGCCCCGUGCUCCUAAAGUACGCUCUGAUAUUUGGGAACACUUUGAGGUGAAAGAAGAUAACGAAGAAGUUCGCAAAGUAGAGUGCAAGCAUUAUGGUCAAGACUAUAAUGUUAAUCCAAAGAAGAAUGGAACAUCUGGUUUAAGGAAGCAUAUUAAGCGUUGUCUUGCUUGUCUUCCUGGAAUCCGUAUUUAAGAAUUAAGACUAAGUUGAUUCGAGACUAUUAGUGAAAACUUGAAUUGAGGGAUGCCCUCUCUGUUUUGCAUUUUGUUUAUUUGGCUGCUGCCUGCUACUAUCUUAUCUUAAAUGUUGUGUAUUUGUGUUUAUGGUUUGGCUGUUCAGGUGUUCUUGGUAUUAGCAAUGUGUAAAUGUAACUGUCACAGUGUAAUUGGCUGUUCAGGUGUUCCUGAUGUUGUUGCUGGCUGCUGCAUGUUAGUUACAAUUGCAGCUUGGCAGUGUGUAAAUGUUUGGCAUUGGCAGUGUGUAAAUGUUAGUUACAAUUGUAGCUUGGCAUUGGCAGCUUGUUACAUGGCCUGUGUGUGUCUAAAUGCUAGCAGUUUGAGAGCUUGUUACAUGGCAUUGGCAGCUUGUUACAUGGCCUUUAGUCUAAUUCUGCUGUGUCUGUUUAAGUCUAAUUUUGCUGUGUUUGAAUAAAUGUUAGUUAUGCUUGUUA